GUCCAGGCAGCACCAGGCACGGCAGAGCUGAUCCCUGCGAGCCGUCGAGGCAGCACCGGCCACGGCAGAUCAGGCCACCGGGAGGCCAUCCCAGCGGGACCCGAGUGUCUCCAGUCACCGAGAGUCGUCCAGGCAGCACCGGGCACGGCAGACACGGACGGGAGGACUGGCUGUCCGGCCGGGCACCGGGCACGGUAAAUCGGGGUGCACAGCUCGGGGCACCAUGGGCCCCCCCGGCGUGCUGCCCGCCCUGGCCUGGCUGCUGGCAGGGCUGAGCGUGCCGGUGCCGAGCCGGGCCCAGCUGCACGGCGAGAAGGGCAUCUCCAUCCCUGACCACGGCUUCUGCCAGCCCAUCUCCAUCCCGCUCUGCACCGACAUCGCCUACAACCAGACCAUCAUGCCCAACCUGCUGGGUCACACCAACCAGGAGGACGCGGGGCUGGAGGUCCACCAGUUCUACCCUCUGGUGAAGGUGCAGUGCUCGCUGGAGCUGAAGUUCUUCCUGUGCUCCAUGUACGCGCCGGUGUGCACGGUGCUGGAGCAGGCCAUCCCACCGUGCCGCUCCAUCUGCGAGCGGGCGCGCCAGGGCUGCGAGGCCCUCAUGAACAAGUUUGGGUUCCAGUGGCCGGAGCGGUUGCGAUGCGAGAACUUUCCCCGGCACGGUGCUGAGCAGAUCUGUGUGGGGCAGAACCAUUCGGAGGACGGCGGCUCCCCAGCACUGCUCACCAGUGCCACGCCGCUGGCCGGCCAGGGCACCCCCGGUGCCCCCCGCUAUGCCACCCUUGACCACCCCUUCCACUGCCCACGGGCACUGAAGGUGCCCAGCUACCUCAACUACAAGUUCCUGGGGGAGAAGGACUGUGCAGCACCCUGCGAGCCCACCCGUCCCGACGGACACAUGUUCUUCAAUGAGGAUGAGAUCCGCUUCGCCCGCAUCUGGAUCCUCAUCUGGUCCGUCCUGUGCUGUGCCUCCACCUUCUUCACUGUCACCACCUACCUGGUGGACAUGCAGCGCUUCCGCUACCCUGAACGACCCAUCAUCUUCCUCUCAGGGUGUUACACCAUGGUGUCGGUGGCCUACAUCGCCGGCUUCGUGCUGGAGGAGAGGGUGGUCUGCAACGAGCGCUUCCAGGAGGACGGCUACCGCACCGUGGUGCAGGGCACCAAGAAGGAGGGCUGCACCAUCCUCUUCAUGAUGCUCUACUUCUUCAGCAUGGCCAGCUCCAUCUGGUGGGUCAUCCUAUCCCUCACCUGGUUCCUGGCUGCUGGCAUGAAGUGGGGCCACGAGGCCAUUGAGGCCAACUCCCAGUACUUCCACUUGGCCGCCUGGGCAGUGCCAGCCGUCAAGACCAUCACCAUCCUGGCCAUGGGGCAGAUCGACGGGGACCUGCUGAGCGGUGUCUGCUUUGUGGGCCUCAACAACAUCGACCCUCUGCGGGGCUUCGUGCUGGCCCCGCUCUUCGUCUACCUCUUCAUCGGCACCUCCUUCCUCCUGGCUGGCUUCGUCUCCCUGUUCCGCAUCCGCACUAUCAUGAAGCACGGCGGCACCAAGACGGAGAAGCUGGAGCGGCUCAUGGUUCGCAUCGGGGUCUUCAGCGUCCUCUACACCGUCCCGGCCACCAUCGUCAUCGCCUGCUACUUCUACGAGCAGGCGUUCCGUGAGCAUUGGGAGCGCAGCUGGAUCAGCCAGAACUGCAAGAGCUUGGCCAUCCCCUGCCCGCUCCACUUCACCCCCCGCAUGACCCCCGACUUCACCGUCUACAUGAUCAAGUAUCUCAUGACUCUGAUCGUGGGCAUCACCUCCGGCUUCUGGAUAUGGUCAGGCAAAACCCUGCACUCCUGGAGGAAGUUCUACACUCGGCUCACCAACAGCAAGCAGGGCGAGACCACGGUGUGACCCCCCCGGCCCCGCCGCCUUUCGGCCUGAAAUAUUUUUUUUGGGGUGGGGGAGGAGGAGUUAUUAUAUAUUUUUUAUUUUUAGAUUUAUUAACGUCU